GGCGUGGGGCUCUACGCAGCCGCCACCGGCAUCAUGGGCUACAAGGCCGGGCGGAAAAGCUAUUGCAACCUACCGGGCUACAGCCAGCACUGCCUCUACGGUGCCUACCUGAGUGCCUCCGUCUGCGGGGGCAUCGCUGCCUGCCUGUACCUCUUCUCCGGGCUCUACUGCCUGUCACGGCGCUGCCGGGACCAGCGUGACAUCAUCUGA